AAAACCAUUUCUUACAAGGGCUGUGCUGCACAGUUAUAUUUUUUCUGCUCUUUGGUUGACACAGAAUCUUUCCUCUUGGCCGCCAUGGCUUAUGACCGGUACAUAGCAAUCUGCAACCCAUUGCUUUAUAGUGUUAUUAUGUCCAAGAGGAUUUGCUGCCAGCUUGCACUUGGAGCAUUUUUGGGGGGUACCAUGAGCUCAAUUAUUCACACUACUAAUACCUUCCAUCUGUCUUUCUGCUCCGAAGAAAUUAACCAUUUCUUCUGUGAUAUCUCCCCACUCUUCUCUGUGUCCUGCACUGAUACUUACAUGCAUGACAUUGUUCUGGUAGUUUUUGCUAGUUUGGUGGAAGCUAUCUGUCUUCUAGCAGUUCUUCUCUCUUAUGUCUGCAUCAUAGCAGCUAUUCUUAAAACAGGUUCUAUUGAAGGAAGAAGAAAAGGGUUCUCCACUUGUGCCUCCCAUCUGACUGUGGUCACUAUCUACCAUGGUACCCUCAUUUUUAUUUAUUUGCGCCCCAGCACUGGUCAUUCGCUGGACAUUGACAAAGUGACCUCUGUGUUCUAUACAUUGAUUAUACCUAUGUUGAAUCCCCUAAUUUACAGUCUGAGGAACAAAGAUGUCAAAAAUGCCUUUAGGAAAGUGAUGAGCCGAAAACUGCUUUUGUAAGAAAGAAUGAAACUGAGCCUGGCAACUUUUCAACAA